UUGACCCCAAGUCUGGGGUAGCUAGUUCAGUGAACUCGUUCAUUGGGUUCCGCUGCGCUGCUGUGGAAAACUGCAGCGUGCACAUUAGCUAUAAAGAACGCUUCAGUGUAUGGUUUCUGAGUUAGUGCGGCCAGUUUAGCUACAAAGAACAAAGUUAUAGAUAAGAAUAUUUGAAAUUUACAUCAUUAUUUUAGAAACUUUAUUUAACUCUGUAAUAUUAUUUAUGUGCUUCCUACUUCUAUCUUGCUGAUUAUAUUGUUCUUUGUAUACGAUAGUAAUUUUACGAUAGUGAUUUUAAAUUUAUUUGCGAGAUUUCAUUUGUUAGAUUAUACAAAUGGCUCACAACGUUGAACUGCAAGCUAUUGUGCUUGCUGGUGGAAAAGGUUCUCGUAUGACCGAACUUACGGCGGCUCAGCCCAAAUGUCUGCUUCCAAUUGGAAAUGUUCCUAUGAUUUGGUAUCCCUUGCGAAUUCUGGAACGUUUUGGAUUUAAGGAAGCAAUUGUUGUUGUCUCCGAAACAACAAAGUCUGAUAUAUCAUUGUCAUUAGACAAAUUAGGUCUAAAGAUUAAAUUAGAUAUUAUAGGAAUUCCAGGAGCUGAGGACUUUGGCACAGCUGAUUCCAUCAGACACAUCCAUGAAAAGAUAUUUACAGAUGUUGUGGUAAUAUCUUGUGAUCUGAUCACAGAUAUUGAUCUAUCAGAUAUUAUAAACUUGUAUAGAACAUACAAGGCUAGUGUAACUGCUCUGAUGUUACCUAUUCCAAAAAUACCAGAUGACUUUGUAACUCCAGGACCAAAAAAUAAGCAAAAACCAGAAACAGAUUUAAUUUGUAUUAACAAUGAUACAAAACGAUUGAUUUUGUUGGCGUCUGCUUCUGAUUUUGAGGAAAUUAUAAAUUUUUCGCAGAGGACUCUUAGGAAGGACACUAACUUUACUGUUCAUCCUAAACUAUUGGAUGCCCAUUUAUAUAUCAUUAGUAAAUGGGUAUUGGAUUUCUCAGUAUUUAAUAAGACUUUUAGCACAUUGAAAGGUGAACUGUUACCUUAUAUAAUUAGUAAACAAUCAUUUAAAUAUAAGGAGGCUAUAGAUGAAAAAAAUACUUCUAUGGUACAAGUGGACUUGAAGCAAGAUAUUUUCCGUUUUGUAAAUAAAGAAUUCCUAGAUAAUUCAAUAAAAAGAAGGUCAGCUUUCAAUGAUCAUAAUAACGACUUGGAAGAAGCAUUUUGUGAGGAUAUAAUAAGGUGUUAUGCUUAUGUGUCAAAUAAAAAUAUUGGCCUUAGAGCAAAUACUGUGCAAAUGUAUCAUCUUGCUAACGCUAAGAUAUCAGAAUGGUGGGAUAAUAAGAAUAACGAUCAGUUAUUACCCAUUCCAAAUAUUUCGAGUACAGCAACUGUACAUAGCACACAGGUGCAGGAGUGUCGUAUAGACAAUAAUUCGCACAUCCAAGAAAAAACGUCGUUGAAACAUAGUUAUAUUGGGCCUAAUAGCACGGUGGAAUCAAAGACCAGGAUAUCUCAGAGCGUGAUAAUGGGAAAUGUAACUAUUAAACAAAGGUGCGUUGUACACAACUGCAUACUAUGUAAUGGUUGUGUUAUCGAGGAAGGCACUGAAUUAAAGGAUUGCUUGGUCGGAGCUCAACACGUUGUGGUGUCUGGUAGCCAGCAUUCUCGCGAAGUACUCACGGAUGCCGACAAACUCAUAGAAAUUUAAUCAUAUUCUUAUGAUUUGAUUUUGUUAUACAACUCACUAAAACAUAUGUACGGAAAGAAGAUAAAUAUGAUCGUGCGAUUGAUUUUUCUUAAAGAAAACGA